AUGCCUAGGCCACCAUUAACAGAAUUUGAAAGCAAAGGCUGGUAUCUCAGUGAAGAAGGCUUGGCCUUGAUAGAAGAUGAAUUCGAUGACGACAAGGGAACUCAAACCGUAGACGAUUAUAUCGCGACUGCAUUACAUAUGGAUUUACGUCAGUUGAGCUCCAAAGGAUUCCGCAAAGGAGACAUGCAGCCUGUAUCUACACUUCCGAGUCCUCUUGUGCUACAGUUGCUUGAAGUGCGCAACGUCGCCAUGCCAUUAGCUCAUCAAACCGAUGCACCGCGACUGUUGCGAAUAACAUUCACCGACGGCGGUAAAAAGAAGUGGACAGGCGUAGAAUACUUUGGCGCCGUUGAUUGUAUCAAGUUCGUGUUUUGA